AUGUUUUUGGGAGAUGGGUUUACAGAACGGGACGGCGACGACGAGCACUGGGCCUUAGUCCCAGUAGGAUCGGCGCAUCUUUGGUCUUUGGGCCAAGCAAAUGCCACAGGGCUGGAGGAAAUCGUCGAAGCCUUGUCAAAGCUGUCGACCGAUGAGAUUUGCGCCCUGAAAGAGGUCGUCGAUAGGAAACUGUCUAAAAAGGUCGACUUCCUGACCCUCCUGCCCCAGGACCUCCGGAUAGCGGUCCUCAAAUGGCUGGGCCCGGAGGACUUUUGGCCUUGCAUUCAGGUCUCCCGGCAAUGGCGUCAUAUUUUACUGGACAUCGACUGCAUUAAAAUCAUCUCCCGCAACCUCCACCCAGGAUUGCUCGAAAUGGCAGCUCAUGGAACGAAAGAUGUCAAAGAAGCGACAUCUACUACCAUCCUACAUCACCAGAUACGGGCUUUCAAGGAGGCCUCUCUUUAUUCCUUUUCAUGGCACAAUGGUGGCGUCGCCACGAUGUUUUUCCAGAGGCCUUGGCUUAGCAGCAUCUCAGAGGAGCCCAAUCAGCAGUUAUUCUGUGGCAAUGGCAAGCUGGUUGGGUCGUGCCCCCUCGAGAAGAAGUUCAUAAACCCGUACGAAGACCCGAACCUCUGCUUGUUCGGAGAUUCGCUGUAUAGCUCCGGCAGGCUCGUGUGUCAACCAUACUGGAAUCCCACGAGUAGCCCAGGCCCGGCUGAGUGGUUCCUUAUUGUGGAUGACUUCACAACCAUGACGCGUCGAACUCUAAGGGUGCCCCAAAUAUAUGGAGAUUUGUGUCAAAGGGUCCGCCUGUUUUGCGUCGGCGAAUCUCUAGUCGUCGCGCGUGAUAUAACCCAUCGACGCCUGGCUAUUUGGAGCCUUUCUGGAGACGAUAAUUUCAACCUCGCUAGGCUACCCCGCCGGAUCGAUCGCGCCGUCACUGCUGGUGACGUGGUCAUCGGGACGUAUCGGGUAGGCGAGGAUGACGAUCCAAACGACAUGAAUGGGAAUUAUGAUUUGCAUGGGAUGAAAAUGUGGCGGUGGACUCGUGACAACGGGGGUCGAGUCCUCGAGUGGACUCUGGCUGAACCUGCCAACUUCGCAGCCGAACUGAUUGGGCUGCGCCGGAACUGCGUGAGGCAUGCGCACUCGAUCUUGAUACACCCUAGAGACGAGAGUAUCGUCUAUCUAUUUGUCGCCUCUCUCCUCCCGACUGAGUUGGCAAUGGGCGAGCCAGACCCGGAGACGGUGACCAUGGCAGUAUUUGAAGUCACUGGCAAACAAAUCUCGGGAAGGUGGAAGAUGAAAUUGCAAGCUUCGUGGCUUGAUGAGCUGUCCGAUCCUGAUAACUUUGGCUUCAAGCCAGUUGACCGACACGGUUCAUAUUCUACAGCCACAAGACAACAAGACGGUCCACAACCUGGAACUCUGUGCCACGAAAGAGUGUUAUUUAAUAUAUACACGAAGAAGCUGACGUUGGUCUCCUCCGUGGUCCCUUUGUACAGCUCGACCCUGUACGGCAAAACACUACUCUGGGAGGAUAAAUAUAUCACCUGGCAAGAACCGCCUGACAGAUAUUAUUCUCACCACUCUUUGCCACUGGUGAUAACUCCUGCUUUUGCAUCUGAGAGGAUACCGCACUUGUCUCCUCGUCCAUUGACCUCCGUCCCUUAUCGAAGGUUCCCGGUUCGUAGCGGGUGUGAUUGCUGUAGCAUGCAGACGGCCUUUGGCGGGGACGUUUCCGAAACACAAGAGGCGCGGGUGAACCACGGGGACACGAGCAGUGACAAGAGGCCCUACGCUGAUUUAGGAAAAUAUCCCAGUCUGCACCAGCUCCUUGAGGAUCUGGCCCCUCGGCUUAUCCCACCGAAAGACAUGGAUCUAUCCCCGCUUCAUUUCGCGGACCUUCGGAUCUUCAGCCGCUACUUCACAGAGACUUACGCUAGCAUGGAAGUGUGCCAUCUAGACUCGACCAUGUUCUGUGGUGAGGGUUCUAGCAACUUCGACCAAUUCCCGAUACCGUGGAAGGGUGCUAACCGCGCGCCCAUUGCACUCCGUCAUGCAAUAACGCAAGGGCAUCAACAGCCGUCGCCGGAGAUCUUGACGCGGUUCCCGCUGAUGUGGAUGGACGGCAAGUACAUGGUACUCUUUUCAUGGAUGGGGUAUAUGGUGUGGGAGUUUCGGAGCCCUCGUAUAGAGUCAUCACAAUAA